AUGGCCGUUCAAGUGAAACUCGGCCGCUGGGAAAGACAGCAUGCGGAAGCUGCCAGAAAUCACCAGCGCCCGAGUGAAAACUUGCUCGACCAGACACUGGCACCAAGCACGAGUCGGGCGGAUCAUUUACCCCGAAUCGAGCUACCCCACUUCAACGGUUCGCCGACGGAGUGGUUGACAUUCAAAGGGCGCUUUGAAAAGCGCAUGGUAACGAUCAAAUUUAAAAAAAUAAAUGUGCCAUGCGCUAAGUCCAUCAUGAGCCUCAUCGAUGCCGUGGACACUACAGUUCACGCUGCAAAGCAGAUACAAAAGGAUAAAACAGCGACACUGGACUGUGUUGCGAAUGGAAUGCUAGUAAGUCUAGCAAAAUCCCGUCUGGAUUCGGAAACCGCAUCCAGGCUGGAGGAGAGAUUAGACAUACAUCGUGUCUACACUUGGACAGAAUUCAAGGAAGAGUUGGAGAAGCGAGCCAACCAAUUAGCGUGCCGAACCGAUAUCGACGAAUCGAAAUCGCGCAACACCAAGACGGUAGCAGCAGCUGCCAUCACCCAACCCCAGCGUAGGGAAAUCAAAACGCAACCGCAAUCCUGUUUCGCGUGCAAUGAGAAAGGGCACGCGAUCUGGCACUGCACCGAAUUCAAAGCGCUGCCUGUACCGCAAAGAUGGGAUAGGACCAAAAGAGCCGGUCGGUGUUUCAAUUGUUUGUCUUGGGGACACUCCGUCCAAAAGUGUUCAUCCAAAAAGCGGUGUUCAGAAUGCGGAGAAGCACACCACACAUUGCUACAUCCAGUGGAUGCGGUUCCAGAGAAGAAGCCGGCGGCUGACCCAGCCGUUGUGGCCUCAACCAGCACCGAGAUCAACAUUAAAGGUGCGUCCGACUGGUAUCGAGUUAGGCGCCUAUUGGACUCCGGUAGUCAGGUGGAGUCUAUCACGGAAGCAGCCGCGCAGACUCUAGGACUACCGUACGCACGGAGCGACGUGCAACUUGUUGGCAUUGGCGGAAGGGUCAAUGCUUCCAGAAAGAUUACAACCGUAAUCUCCUCCAGAUGCGGAAGCUUCGCUAUGGAGGUAAGUUUAGUUUUGGUUCCGCACCUUUUAGACGACCAGCCCAGCAUUCGGCUGGAAGCGAAGGAUGUGAGUGUUCCGUCAAACAUUGAGUUAGCGGACCCCACAUUCUACAAGAGAAGAGGCAUCGAGAUUAUACUCGGUGCCCGAGUACUAUUCCAGAUUCUGAGCCCCAGACAAAUCCAAUGUACAAAUGGCCCGAAUCUUCAGGAGUCAGCCUUAGGCUGGCUUGUUGGCGGACUAGUUUCGCUACGGUCAACCCGGAAAGCAGUAAUGACUGUUGCCACCGUUAGUACAAAUGAGAUCCAAGAAGAAGAGGACCCCGAUGGGAAAUUGGAUAUUCUCUUCAAGAGGUUUUGGGCCUUGGAGGAGGUAACUUCUGCGGAAGCGAAGUCCACCUCUGACCAGCCCAUUCAACUGGGUGAUUCCUACGAGCAAGCAAGAAGACGCUUGUUCUCGCUAGAAAGGAAACUCACGCGAACUCCGGAAGUAUACGAGCAAUACAGAGAGUUCCUGAAAGAGUAUCUGACAUUAAAUCAUAUGGAAGUUGUAGAACCAAAGGAUUAUCAAAAAAUCCGCUACUUCAUACCACACUCAUGUGUCAUCAAGCCAGAUUCUUCAUCAACCAAGCUUCGCGUGGUAUUUGAUGCAAGCGCUAAGGCAUCAAAUGGACAUUCCUUGAAUGACAUGCUGCGUAGUGGACCAGCGAUCCAAACGGAGCAAUUCGAUUUGCUCCUGGACUUUCGCUGCCAUGACAAGGUGCUAAUGGCCGACAUCGCGAAGAUGUAUCGGCAAGUCCAUGUCCACGAAACGGACUCGUGGUACCAGUGCAUCGCCUGGAGGGAUAAUCCUUCGGAAGCGAUUCAGGCUUAUCGCCUCAAAACAGUGACUUAUGGCGAGGCGGCAUCCUCAUUCCUAGCAUGUCGCGCUCUACACCAAGUCGGAGAAGAAAUCCGAUCGCAUCAGCCGAGCAUUGCUGAUAUUAUUCAGAAAUGUUUCUACGUCGACAAUUUGAUGAUGGGGGGAAAUUCAGCAGAAGGUCUUCUGAGUCAACGAAAAGCCGUGGAGGCCGCUCUUCUGCAGCGAGGCUUUCCCUUACGGAAAUGGGCAUCCAACGAUGCCAGCAUCAUAGAAGAUGUACCUGCCGACGAUCUCGAAAAGGAGAUCAACAUCGGAAAUCACGAUGUGAUUAAAACCCCGUGGCAAAGUGGCCCAUGGGAAUCCAGCCAGAAACCUGAGACGCAAUUCGAGAUGUGGCCGUUUACAAUGGAAUCGCCACCCGAAGUCGCCGUGGAGAAUAACAUCUCCACUCACAACAUUGUGGGCUACUCUGUGGACGCCCUGUUCAUCAUCGCGGCGAUCAUCAUCGUCAUCGUCUGGCGUUGGCGCAGGAAUGCGCGACGCCUGAAACAACUGGAGGGCGCAGCGACGAAGCUGCGUCAGCAAACUUUAAACAACUCUGUAUGA